AUGUCUGCUUCACGUCGUUUGAGUCGCGAACUGAGCGAUAUUUUAGCUUCCAAAUCGAAAAUUCUGCGCAACAUUGAAGCCUCGGACGAAUCGUUGCUAUUGUGGACAGGACUUUUAGUGCCAGAGAAAGCACCUUAUAAUAAGGGCGCAUUUCGCAUUCAGAUUAGUUUUCCAACUCAAUAUCCGUUUUUGCCACCAAAGAUACUCUUUAAAACGCAGAUCUAUCAUCCCAAUAUCAAUGAGAAGGGCGAAGUCUGCCUCCCAAUUAUCACAGCCGACAACUGGAAGCCAACCACAAGAACCGAGCAGGUUCUUCAAUCUUUGAUUGAAAUUGUGCAUAGUCCCCAGCCCGAGCAUCCACUGCGUUCCGAUUUGGCGGAAGAGUACGUAAAGGAUAACAAAAAGUUUAUGAAAACGGCUGAGGAGUUCACCAAAAAGAAUGCCGAAAAACGUCCUUAAUAAGACAAAACAAUACAGUACAAAUUUUAAAUCUUCUUUAGGGUAAGACAGACAGGCCGGGCUGUACUUCAAAAUUGUACAUAAACCAAUAUUAAUUAAACUGGUUUUUGUUUUUA